AUGUGGGAUCAAUCUGCAAAAUGCCUAAGUGUCCGAGAUGAUGUUGAACUAUGGCACAAACGAUUGGGUCACAUGAAUGUUCGACAUCUUACCACUCUGGUGAAUAAGGAGAUUGUUCGUGGUGUUCCAAAACUGAAGGGAUGUGAGAAAAUCGUGUGUGGUCCUGCAAUCAAGGAAAGCAAAUCAAGGUCCAGCACAAGAAGGUGGCAGAUGUACAAUCCAAGACUGUUUUGGACUAGUACACAUGGAUUUUAUGGGACCAAUGCAAGUGGAGAGCAUUGCAGGAAACGCUAUGUCUUUGUUCUAGUGGAUGAUUACUCGCGAUACACUUGGGUCGCUUCAUUCGUGACAAAUCUGACACCAUGGCGAGUUUCAAGAUUUGGGCUCUUCAAGUCAUCACUGAGAAAGGAAGCCUCAAGCGCAUACGCAGUGAUCAUGGGGGAGAAUUUCAGAAUGAGGUGUUAUAUUCUGAAUGACAAGGAUCAACUUGGAAAGUUCGACUCAAGGAGUGAUGAAGGCAUAUUUCUGGGUUAUUCAGGCAAUAGUUCAGCUUUCAGAGUCUUCAAUCUUCGAACCCAGGCAGCUGAAGCAGAAGACAAUCCAGAAAGCAGGAGGAGGUUCGUGAAGAAGAAGAAAAGAUUGGAUCAUCUCCAUGGAAGAGGAACUAGAGGAGUUCGUGAGAAACGAUGUAUGGGAACUGUGCCACUACCUGAUGGUGUGAAUGUGGUCGGUACAAAGUGGAUCUUCAAGAACAAGACAGAUGAUGCUGGCAUUGUACGAAACAAGUCAAGACUUGUUGCGCAAGGUUACUCACAAGUUGAAGGAGUCGACUUUGAUGAAACCUUUGCCCCUGUAGCACGUCUUGAGUCUAUCAGACUGUUCUAG